AGCCAGAAGUGAAGGAGAGUGAGUGAUCAGUAGUGCAACCAAACAAAAUAAAAUAAAAGAGAGAGAGUAAAGAAAAAGCAGCCCAUCGAGGAUUCGAUCCAUCAUCUCUCUUGUUAGCGUUAGAUAUGCUACGAUCUAGAGUCGCUUUCUGUGUCUGACUCUCAUGACGACAACGACCCAUGACCCAUCACUUCCCUUUCCUUUGCCUGAAAACCUCCCUCCAGUCCUUCCCUUUCCUUCUCGUGUCUUAUUAAUUCUUCUCUCCUCUUCAAAUAUGAGUCACAGUUGGUCGGAUUUGUGGAGGUCCAGUCCAGAUUUAAUUAGGGUUUCGAUGCACUGAAUAGCAGCAGUGGCAGUUAAGUUGCGAUCUUUUUUUUUUUUUUUGUUCCUUUUACUUGGGAUUAAUUGGAUUAUUAUUAUUAUGAAUUAAAUGUUACUGUGUAGAUAGAGUAGUGAUGUUCAGAUUACCAUUUCAUUCAUUAAUUCUUUAUCAACAGUCUCAGUGUCAGCCAAAGCCGAAUGUCAAUUAUUGAUUAUAUAGAUGUAGGUAUACUAGUUCUCAGAUUUAGAUUUCCUGUUUUUGGUUUGAUCCCCAGUAUUUUUGGUGUUGUUCUGGUCCAACUAUAUGUAAUUAAUUACUGUAAGUCCGUAUUGUUGAGCUGUGGUGGUCGGAUGGAAGGUUGUAUAGAGAGUAGAUCAGAUAGAUGCAGAGAUCGAGAGAGAGCUUCCCUCAGCCCACUCACGGAUGGAACAAGGGGGUUGAACUAGCUGCCGACUCAUUCAUUCAGGCACUCAGUAGAGUGCCGUACCUACUACUACUGUGACUGUGUGAAUGAUGCGGGAGAUAAUUUUUCGUCCCUCUUUCUCUAUGCUUGGACUGAAGGGAGCUCCUUCUUCUCCUUCUUCCCUUGUUUCCACGUGAUUGCUUAGUACAUCCAUCCCUGUGCGGCUGGCUGUGCUGUGCUGUGCUGCUGUGCCUGACAUGUGACAUUAUCGGGUAAAUGUUACUUUCUCUUCUCCUCUGUACUUUUUACUUGCACAGCAACAUUAGCGUUGGCAUGUGGAUGGGGAUAGGAUAGGGCUUCUCCCUCCUCUCCUUUUUCCGGUAAUGGGGCUUUUUUGCUAUAUAUGUACAUCACAUGAUUAGAUUGGGUGUUAAAGAUUAAUUAUUUUUAGUAGUUUAAUUCCUCAAAUAAUGUGGCUUAAUUGAUUAGCCUGUAGGAGAAGAAGAAUUGCCAAAAUAAAAAAAGGAUUAAGGAUGAGUAUAUUCUAUUUCUAGGGUAAAUCAUAUUGCAUUCUGGUGUGGUCCCUUAUCUCCUGCUUUUGGCCUCUUCCAGGGUCCUCGGAAAACCCUAAUUUCACUACUCUGGUUGGCAAUUUUUAUCCAUUACCCUCUUACAUCACAUACAUAUAUUAUACUUCUUGCUCACUAAUAUUAUAUUUUAUUUAUUCUAAAAAAGAAAUCAAAUUAUAUAUUUCUAGUGUCUAUGGGGCACCAGCGCCAACCCCAACCCCAAUGAUUCUUCUAUUUUUUUUUAUUUUGCAUUUAUCUUAUUUUAAGAAAUGAAUUGAUAAAGUAUAAGUAUCGUCUUAUAUGUUAAAUUUAGAAUUUAAAUUUUGAUAAUAGCACUUAUAGUGUGUUUGAAUUGAUGGAAAUAGAGGGGAGGGGGAAAACAUUUGGUUAUAAAAGAAAUUGGAGGGG